AUGAAAUUAAUUAAGUAUUUUAUAUUUGCAUCCUGCCGUCGGUUACUGCUUAGAAUACGACGUUGGUAUUCUAUUCGUCGUCUUGUUACUACGAGUAUUGCUGUAUUCAUUUUUUCAACAUUUCUUCUUCUAUUUUACUAUUCUAUAUUAGUCAUUCUUUUAAAUUUUUGUUGUUCUUCUUCGGCAAACAUUAUUAUCUCGUUGACAAGUACUCCAAAACGGUUCCCCUGCGAGUUACCAUUUACUAUUCAUUCUCUAUUGACUCAAACGAAAUUGCCGAAACAAAUUCGACUUUAUUUAUCUCCUACAUCUUCUUUCGUCAAUCAAACCAAUCUAACAUUGAGUCGUUUAAAGCUGCACAUAAAAAAAGUCGAUCCAUCGAUAGUUAUCGCUAAACUCUUUGAUAAAUUAGUACGAAUCCAGCUCGAAAACGAAGAUUAUGGACCAGCAACAAAAUUUUUACCUAUUCUAAAAGAAUUUCAUCUGUUGCCAACAAAUGAGCUGAAAUCACAGGCAAUUAUGAUUUGCGACGAUGAUCACUAUUAUCAUCCUCAUACGAUCGAUGUUUUACUUAAAUAUUCGAAUAAAUACAAGAAUAGUAUUGUUGGACUAAGAGGAUGGCGAAUUCGUGAAGAUCUUACUUGGGGUGUAUCCGGCGCAGAAGAAUUAUCUUAUCAUGUAGUCGAAGCAUUCCGGCUAUCGGAAAUCUAUCGUGUUGGUGUUAUUACUGCAAAUAGUGCCUAUGUAAUCCGUCCGUCAUUCUUUGAUUCUCAUAUUUAUGUUGAUUUCAACGGCGCUCCGAACGACAUACGUCGUGUUGAUGAUAUUUGGUUGAAUGGUCAUGCAUCAGAAAGAAAUAUAGCUCGUUUAGUAGUGCCAUCAUGUUGUUCUAGUAUUGGUGUAACUCGAACGCAUGAACUAGAAAAUUAUUUAAUUUCACAUCACAUGACACGAUCAGCAGCGAACGAUCACGCAUUAAAAUGGUUUAAUCGAACAUGGGAAAAAGAUCUAUGGUACAAAUUUAAAGGAGAAAAUCGACCGCAGUAUCGCAGCUGGUGGACGAAAGUCUAUCGAGAAUGGAUUAAUAUUAUUUUACGAUUGAAAUUUAUUAUUUAUGUUGGUUUUAGCUAA